AUGCUUCCAUUUUGUAACCAAACAGAGCUGAUGUUUCGUGCCUCGGGUGGUAUUCCUGGCAUGUUGGGUAGCUACAGCGGCUGCCCCGAUGAGAAUGGGGUGCAGUAUUGCGUGCUCUUCCCCACAAGGGUCAGGUGGGGCAACUCACGUCUUCUCGGCUAUUGUCUGCCUUCUACAUGCACGCUGCUGGACAUUGCGCGGCAAGUGGUUUUAGAUCCCAUGCUAAACGGAACUUUUAACUAUAGUAAACUCAUGCAUGGUGAUGGUAUGAACACGUCACAGGUAAUGGAUCGUUUGGAACAAUAUAUCAAUUGUGCCCCUCGUUCUUCUUCCUUUUUGGAGCUAAAUGUACACAAUAUUGUUUCCUGGGCGAUCAUAGGGUUCAUCAUUCUGCUCGUGGUGCUGGCAACGCUCUAUGACUACUACUGGAGCAUCACAGCACGUAGCAUCCCAUUCGAAGUGGUGAUGAUGGGAGCCGAUGGUGCUGUUGUGCGGGUGUUGCAGCCACCCAAUGUGGUUUUGUUGGAGAACCAAAGUAAAACCAACGAGUCAAGUCCGAGGCGUCAUGGAGAAGAUUUACGGUGCACCACGGAGAAGAAAGUCACAGAGAAACAAAAGGGUAGUUUUUCCGCCAGCGUUACAGCGAUCACCCAACCACUACUUGUUGCUGUGGAGCAGUCUGAGGCGGAUGAGGCUGGCAGGCAAAUUGAGCCCGCACACUCACCUCGCAUGGGAGAGACGGAGGAUGAAAGCGCCACAUCUCCAAAAAAAAAGACACAUUUUGGAUCCUUCGUCAGGUAUAAAGAGGCUCGAACAGGCGAAGAAGUGGUGUCGACCAAAAAAGGAGCGCGCUCGGGUGAACGCGACUCUUUGCGAGGGGCGGGCAUUCUUCCGGAAUUCAACACGGAAUUGCUCUGGUCGCACCGACGAGUGCAGAAAUUUCUGGCGGAGAUCCCAGAUGUGCCCAACUUUCGUUCAUUUCUGAAUCGCACCGUAUUGUGUCUGUCACUAAUUAACAGUUUCCGUAAGUGGCGCUAUUAUCCAAAGUCCGAGGUGAAUCUAAAUUUAUUCAACAGCUGGCGGGUAAUUGCGUGGAUGUGGAUUAUGUUGUUUAGCUCUUUUUGGUAUUCCCAGCAGAUUCCCACCAUGGAUAAUAUAGGUUCACCUCCAGUUAACUUUAUUUAUGCCUUUCUUGGGAAGGAAGCAUUUGCUGCUUUUGCUGUUGGAACCUUUCUCACCAUUGCUGGCUUUCUGGCGUUGCAUCGCCUUCAUGUCUCUGAGGAGUUACUUAUGAGUUCACCCACCGCUCGCGUGAGGGCAUCAAAGCGUACAUGUCGUCAGUUGUUGGCUGAAUGUAUGUUGUGGUAUGCCAAGUAUCUCAUUGCCCGCUUUGUACGCGUCAUCCCCAUUUCGUUUGCCAUAUUCAUGCUUUUACCAAACGCUGUGUCCGGCUUUGGCAAUGGACCCUUUUGGAGACUUUUUUCCCAAUCACCCGCGUUCUAUGGAAACUGCAUGAAAUACUGGUGGACAAAUUUACUUCUUGUCAAUAAUUUUCUUCCCGUUGAGGAAAAUGAGCGUUGCUUCCCAUGGUCUUAUUACGUGGCGCUUGAAUUUCAGCUGGUGGCAUUGGCACCGAUGAUUUACUUUCUCGGGAAGCAUUUGCAUCACCGUCUGUUUUUUUCGUUACUCGCUCUUGCAAUGGCUGGAAGUGCGGUUUUGCGUUAUUUUGAGAUAUCGCGUCGGAAAAGCGUGUUGUUGGGUACUGGUGCCGUCUCCCAUCACGCCUUGUCUGUGGGGUCCGUGUAUCAACACCCGCAUCUUAUGUUUAUUCCCUUUUGUGUUGGGGCAAUGCUCUAUUAUUUGUACAAGGCUCUGCGACAACGUGCAGAGAUGCUGCGCAUGUUUGGUCCGGGUAUCUUAUUAAUGAUGCAUCGCAUUCAAGAAGAGGCUGUCGCGGAGGAUAGAGUGAGUUACUGGCUUUUGGAACGAUUGCAAAUGCGACAUAUGCGGGUUCUUAUUGUGUGGAGUGGCCUUGCCAUCACAUUUUCCUGUGUCAUUAGCGUGUGGUUCAUUCAUCGCGAUGAUGAAAUUGGUUGGAACAUGGGUGUCGAUGUGAAGGUGUAUGAAUCGCUUAUCCUUUUCCCAUGGAGCAUUGCAUUGUGUCUCUUGGCGCUGCCGCUUCUGUUUGGGUACGGCGGCAUAAUACGCGGCGUUCUCACACACCGCUUGUGGUGCGGUCCCUCAAGGUUGGUGUUGGUUGCCUACCUGGCGGCACCCGUUGUGAUAGGAUUUGGCAACGCCAGCAGUUAUGAUGUGAUCACAAUGAGUUUUUCCUUGUUUAUUGUGCAGGGAUUUGGGUACAUGGGGUUAACACUUCUCGUGGCGUUUUUCUUUCAUAUGCUGGUGGAACGUCCAUGUUUGCACAUUAGUUCAAGGGGAGAGUACUGA